GUCCUGGCUUGCCCCGGAUCUCGAUCUUAUUGUCGUCUCGUUGGCCCAAACCUUAUGCCAGACCUGGCCUCGUUCCCGAGGUCACCACCGACAAAAUGGCAGAAGGGCAGUAUUAUACCCUAGGGCCGAUGAUGAACGCCGUCAACUGGACGUUGACAGCGUUGGCAGGGAUAAUUCUUACCCUGCGGGUAUAUUGCAAGUUCAGUCGUCAUCGGGGAUUGUGGUGGGACGAUCACAUUCUAAUAUUCGCUUGGCUGUGCCUCGUUAUCGCCGUCAGUUUCAUCACCGCCUCGAUAAAGUUAGGCUUCGCGAGCAUGGCCGGGCCUCAGACGCCAGCAGACGCACUCCGGCUCCAGAUUCACGGGGUGGUGCAGAAUGUCUUCUUCGCGCUCGCCGCCGUGCUGAGCAAGACCUCGUUCGGAGUCACGCUGUUGAGAAUCACGGAGGGUCUGGUGAAGCAGCUUAUCCUAUUUCUAACCGUUACGAUGAACCUGGCCGUUUUCCUCUACAUCAUAUUCGCCUUCUUGAAGUGCGAGCCGGAAGUGUAUUCGUGGAUUAAGGGGCCCGGCUGUUGGAGCACCAUGACAUACAUCCGCUAUGGCAUCUUCGCUGGAGCGUACUCGGCUUUUGUAGACUUCUCUUUUGCCAUCAUCCCUUGGUUCUUGAUCAUGCACCUUCGGAUGAGAACGAAAGAGAAGCUCGGCGUUGCGAUCGCGAUGAGUUGCGGUAUAAUUGCUGGGAUAACCGCCAUUUUGAGAUGUGUAUACUUGCCCCUCCUCGCGGUCGGGACGUUCUCGACCAGAGGAACGACGUUGGUUAUAUGGUACGCGGCCGAGCCGUCGGUUACGAUUAUCGCGGCGUCGAUCCCGGUCUUGCGCGCCCUCAUCAAAGGGAUAUCGUCAUCCGUCGACCGCCACCACCUUAGUAACAGUAAAUCCGGAUUGAAGAGCCAGACGCAAAGCCGCACGAAGAGUACUCCCAAGGGACUGUGUCCGAGCAGCGUCGUGACCAAGAUCGGUCCUCGAAAAGACAAGCACGAUCCCCACGACGAUGCGGGCAGCGACAAGAGCAUACUCGAUGCCGUGCGCGAGCCAGCCAACGUUGAGCCCGGUAGGAUACUGCAGACUCAGGAAGUUCGGCUCAGCUACCACGAGCGGAGUGACAAUGAGAGCGAGCAGUGGUAUGAGAUGGAAUGCAUGGGCAGGAGUCCGGCUUGAUCGAUAACGGCGUAUACCCUAGCGAUGGAGAAGACCU